GUCGAGGCAGGGAACGAAGUCGCAUAAUCGGCUGCAGCGAUAGAAGAAAGCUAGAGGAGUAGCGUGAAGCGGGGAGUGAGAAGGAGAGCAGGAGGAAGAGCUGCCGCAGAGAAAACGUCAAGGGAAAUGAGCAUCAACUUGACGUCGCAGCUGUUCGAGCUCAACGACAGCCUGCUGCUCGACAAUGUGACGGUGACGAAGCCGCUCGGCCACCAGUAUCCCCUCUGGAAGAUCGUCCUCAUAACGACCGUCGCGGCCUGCCUCAGCAUCGUCACCGUCCUCGGCAACAUCAUGGUCAUGGUCAGCUUCAAGAUCGACAAGCAACUGCAGACCAUCUCCAACUACUUCCUCUUCAGUCUGGCUGUGGCCGACUUCGCCAUCGGCCUCAUCUCCAUGCCGCUCUUCACCGUCUACACAGUUCUAGGCUACUGGCCGCUCGGGGCUCACGUUUGCGACACUUGGCUCGCCCUUGACUAUCUCGCCAGUAAUGCUUCCGUGCUGAACCUGCUCAUCAUCAGCUUCGACAGAUACUUUUCGGUGACGAGGCCGCUCACCUACAGGGCCAAAAGGACCACCGCCAGGGCUGCCAUCAUGAUCGGUUGCGCAUGGGGCAUAUCUCUGAUACUGUGGCCGCCGUGGAUCUACUCCUGGCCUUACUUCGAGGGCAAGAGAACGGUGCCGGAGCUCGCGUGCUACAUACAAUUCAUCGAGACCAAUCAUUACAUUACGUUCGGCACUGCGAUCGCCGCGUUUUACGUGCCGGUCAGCGUCAUGAUGGUAUUGUAUUGGCGCAUCUGGCAAGAGACGGAGAAGCGACAAAAGGACCUGCCCAACCUGCAGGCGGGCAAGCAGGACGCGAGCAAACGUAGCAACUCGAGGUUGGUGCCUGUACCCCGACCAGCCUCCCUCUAUUGCGACGAAGCCCUGGACAUGGAGGAGUGCAGGAGGCCGCGCAGCGAGUCGAGUACGGGUGCGGCAGAUGAGGUGAAUUCCACGCAUAUUGCGGUUUCCUAUCUCGACAGGCAUUAUCCUCAGCACAGGAAGCACAGACCAUUGUCAUGGACGUGGUUGAAGAUGUGGUGCGUGGCGUGGUGGCACAGCGGCCGCGACGACGAGGACGAUGAGGAUGAUAACGAUGAAGGUGUCGGGGGGCCGGAGAGCAGUCGAACGGGGCCAGCCUACGACGAAACGUUGACACCGGUGUCGCUAGAGACGCCAGUGGCGAGCGUCACCUCGAGGAUGGACUUUGGUGUGACGCAGUCGACUAGUCUCACGCUCGACAGGACCGAUUCCGAAGCCCUCAGCUCGAGACCCGGCAGCAGCGUCAGAACUCCAGGCACUACUAGCGCCGCUACGAUUGCCAGCAAAAAUUUUUCAAAUGACUCGGUGUACACGAUAUUGAUAAGGCUACCAGGACCACCGCCAACGACAUCACGCACAAGCAGGGACAGCCAAAUUCUGGACAGAUACGAGCAGCCAAGCAUCAAGAUGUACCCGCCAGAGGCGACGAUUAGCUUUCAUCCGGCUCGUCGCGAGUUGGUCGGGCCGGAAAUCAUAUCGCUGGCGAGCUUCGACGACACGUCGACGACGACGAGCAAAGCGUUGGCGAGACGCCCGUCGCAAAUGACGCAACACGACGUGCGAAUUCCGCUGAGCGCGAAGAACGUGGGUAAGGCUGCCGUCGGCAAGGGCUCGGCCGGCGGCAGCGGCGGCGGCGGCAGCGGCGGCGGCGUCGGCGGUGGCGGCGGCAGUAGGCAGGCGCCGGCCAAGAAGAAGAAAAAGUCGCAGGAGAAAAAGGCCGACAAGAAGGCGGCGAAAACCCUGUCGGCCAUCCUCGCUGCCUUCAUCAUCACCUGGACGCCCUACAACAUCCUCGUGCUACUGAAGCCGCUGACCACCUGCACCGGCUGUAUACCGCAGGAGCUCUGGGACUUCUUCUACUACUUGUGCUACAUCAACAGCACCGUCAAUCCGGUAUGUUACGCGCUGUGCAACGCCACGUUCAGGCGGACCUACGUGCGCAUACUCAAGUGCAAGUGGCACAGCAGGAACAGGACUGGCGUCAAUCGUGGCUACUGAGCUUUCGCGUGCCAGUCGCUUAAGGAUUAUUCCGACGAUCGUCGCGGUGCGGUGUGACCAGGUUGGCAGUCGUCUGCCUCUUCCAUUUACCGCGCUCGCCUCUCUCUCUCAACGCUAUCUCUGCCCCCUCGGUCUGUCUUCGAGUGCGCGACCAUGCGCGACUGUACGACCUUGCGUAUCCCGAGAGUGGACUAAGUAUUAUUAUUGUUGCUGUUGCUGCUACGCGAACAGUAUUAUCAGAGAUCGGCUCGUCGACAAUAGGGCGAAAAAACUGUCGAGUCCAUUGAGUUUGGGAAAGGGAACGAGAAAGCACAGAGGGCCUUUACACUGGCUGGCUGUACGCGCUUUUGAUAACGAGAUAACUUUCCGCCGAGAAAGAGAGAGGCUUGACGUCUACUGUUCGUGAAAGCUCGUCGACGAUUUCUUCCAACCGCCCGCCUGCCCGGGCUUCCCUUCCUUUCGGCCAAUCGAACCUCUAUCGUCGUUAAACGGGCUUUAGCUUUACGACUCUCUCUCUCUCUCUCGUCUCGACAAACCAGAGUCGUUGGACGGCUAUAUUUUUCUUUUGUCAUCGCUGAAACAAUGCCUGCUUCGUUAACGUGAGUGAAUUUUUUUUUUACACCGCGUCUCUUUUGUACGAGACGAGGGUGGGGCAGGCCACUUUUCGAUAUGCAUUCGAUUACCUCUCGCAAAGUGGAGUCUCUCGACGAUUGCCCACUUGCGUGCUGUUCUCGAGCUGAACUAACGACGUUUUCAUCCGAAAAGGGUAUCGGUUUUUUUUCCUUCGCCGACCAGGAACAUCCUUUCUUGCAACGUUCUGUGUCGCCGCGCUUAAAAGCAUUCAUUAGACCAAGCUGACAGUGGUCUUUGCGAUGGUUAGUAUUACCGGUAAAGCAUUUGAUUUGAGGAUACGCCGUCUCCUCUUUCGCGCGAGCGCGCUUUUGGCGAAUCGUUGGCUAAAAAGACAAACCAUUUUGUAACAUAGUACAAAUCUGAUCGGAGUAUUUUUUAAAAAGAUCGAAGACAUUUUUCAGAAAACCAACAAAAAAAUAUGAAACACAAAGCCUUUGUUAUUCCGAAAUAAAGAAAACUAAUCGAUGUUGAGAUUCGGUAUACGAUAUGCAAAUUAUAACAGAAACGAACGAACAAUUUUUUUACUCAUUGUUGUUAGAUUAUUAUAAUCCAAUGUGCCACUUGUUUUUGUCCAUCAAAGUAUAAUACUUGACGAGAUAACGCUAUGGCAUGCUGCUGCACGUACGAGCUAUUGAUUUUCAAGCGAUUCGGCGGAAUAAAAAUAGAAUUUCUUGAAAGUUUUAUAGUUUUCUUCGGUUAUUCUCCGAAAGUUCCAUUGGGCAAAUUUAAUGCACAACAAAUCGCGAUGUUCUUUAGCAACAACAUUCGACGGACCGUAAAAUGGAGUUUAUUUUUUUUUGCGUAAAAAUUACCGUUAACGUGCGGUACAGUUUGCGUGUUAUCUCGCAAGGAACAUAAAGUGAGAUGAACUAGUUCGAGAUAAAGUAAGAACGCUCGCCAAAGCGGAAAUGAUAAUCGCACAAAAAAAAAACGAAAGAAAAAUGAAACGGAACUUCGGUGGCAGCAUGGCAGGCGCAACAAGCGAGUAAAAUUCCUAUAAUGCAUAUUUGAAUAUAAAGGAUAUAAAUAUUAUAAAUAUAUAUGAAUAUACAUAUGUGUGUGAGCGACGCAAUGCUCGGCGCGAGUAUACAUAUACUUAAGCAUGCGAAAAAGUGUAAGAGUAUGCCAAAGAGAAGGCAAAAAAAAAAAACAAUCCCGGACGAGAAGACGAAGUUAGGGAAUUUGCAAUUCAAAGAGGCGACGCGUAAUAUUCCAAAACGCAUGCGUUUCCUAUUCCUUGUUUUCCUUUUUCUACGAAAAAUCAAUCGCACGCGCACACUUUCGCAACGCAACCGAGAAGGAAGGAAUCGAGAGACGCGCAAUUAGCGGCGCAGCCACAGCAGGUUGAAUAAUCAAAUCACGGCACAUAAAGAAACGCGACCGGUUUAUACAUUACACUUAAGUCGGGUAAGUCGACGAGGUGAUUUUCGUUUUACAAGUACAAGCGUGCGCGAGAUAGCGACGGUGCGAUGUAUCAGCAGCGUACAUGGCUUUAAUCAAUUUAUCGUCGAUAAUGGCGAGAGACGAAGCAAACAAAUUUUGAAGCGCUAGAGCAGAACGACGACCACUUUUUACGGACAAAAAAGAAACACAUAGACCCGACGGGCGAUAUCGAUAUAUAGAUAGAAAUAUAUAUCUGAAUGUUAAUUCCUGUUGAAACUGGACAGUUAAAAUUUAACGCGGUGCAAAUGUAGCUCAUCAAAUUUUACGUAUCUGUGUGCGUAGAUAAUGAAGAGAUAUAAUAAUAAUUAAACCUUAACACUGAAGCUCAAAAUAAAAAAAUGAACACCCGAUCGAUGAUGCAUGUUCACCGAAAAAGCUACAUAAAUAUAGUUACAUAUAACAUUCUAAUUAAACGUGCCAAAGCGAUGCUUUAACGAUAGGCAGGAGGACAUGUGGUAGAGAGGAUAAAAUGAUAAACAUGUCGGUACACAAAAAACGGGUUUAACUUAAUGUAACAAUUAUAUUUCUUAUUGAAGGUAUCGCGAUAUAAUUCUAAUGAAAAUACGAACGGUAUUUACAUCUCUGAACGUUUACACGUUGUAUUAACCGUGUGUGAAAGCGUACGCGCGUUGUUUAAUAACCUAGAGUAUAACAUUUUCGCUGGGCAGAAAAAUCUUUUGAUAAUCGAAAGUUUUGAGUUCUCGCAUGGCCUCUUCAAUUUUUACUGGUUUAUUUUUCUUCUCAUUCUCGCAAUCAAUCUUAUCAUCGACAAUCUCGUAUUUUAUUGUUAAAGUAUUUAAUUACAAAUCGGUUGAUUGCCGUUCGACAAAUGAUAAAUUGAAUUCUACUCGCGUGAUAAUACAUUGAAUUCGCAUUCCGAUUUGAAUGCCACGGACGUCGAUGAAUUUUCGAACUAUCAAUACAUUUUUUCAUUCAGUGCAUAAAAAUGCCAAUUUGAAAAAGGCAUAGGCAUGAACGACAACUGACGUAUAAAAAGAAAAUAACUAAAUUAUAUUAUAUAUGUGUACGUUAUAAGCGACAAGAUCGUUUCCAAAUAGUUUAGCAAAAUGUUGUUCCACCGAAUAGAUAACCGUAAAUAUUAUCAUGCGACACACUUUGAAAAUGUAUAAUGCACAAUUGAGGCAUUACAACGCGCGAAAAUUCAGUCGCACGUAAGAUGAAGGGGUAAACGAAGUAAAAUUCUUUUGGCGUACUGAGCAAAUUUCUAUCCGAAUAUAACGAAGCUGUAGACAAUAUUUCAUCGGUUAGUUUCCGACGUGUUUGUUGAUUAUUUCUAAUUUUCGAAAAGGUAAAAAAAGAUAUACGUACGGGGAGUAUUUGCAAAAUAUCAAUAAUAAUAAUAAUUAUAAUAACAAAAAUGGGUAUAUCAUGCUCUUUUAUAUUAUUAGAGAAACAAAAAAAGAGGAAACGUUCUCGAACGUUAAAUUCUACUAUAGACGACAGAUUUUUUUACGACUUUGACAAUUUUUUAAAAUCAGUGUGUACUUUACUCAUAAGAUAUAUAUACCUUUUCAAGUGAAAUAAUUUUUUCAACUUUUAUACCUUUUAAAGUGUUCCUUUUAAGCUAUCAAAAAAGAACAAAACAACUGAAAAUAGUGAACUCACUUGACAAAAAGAUACUAAUGCAAAAAAGAAAAAAUAAUAACUGAGCCGUGUGCAAUCAUAUCGAUGACAAAAAACUAUGAUUUCUCUCGAGCAAAACAGUAUCACUCACUAUAGUCCGUUACUAAAUAUUGGUGUGCUCUACUAAAUUUCCACUAAUCUUCGAUAAAAACUUCCAUUUUUAAAAAGUACAUGUUCACAAUUACGAAAAGCAGCUACACUCACACACACUGUCACGUACGUUUGCAAAUGAAAAAAAUAAAAAAUAAAAAAUAAAAAAAAAACAUAAACACGAAGACAGCUAGUCCAGAAAAUCGAGUUUCCUUGUCAAGAAGGGCGUAAAGUUAUUUUUUCGUCGUGAAUACGCGCGUGUACGACGACGAGCGAGCUUGCAAAAAUAUAAUCACCAAAAAUUUUUUACCUUACACUUCAUCGACCUAGUUUGCAUCGUACGUAAAUAAAGAGCCACAUCAUCUAAGUGUAUAAUGUAAACUAUUAAUACAUUAUUGAAAAAAAAAUUUAUAGUCGUUGAUUGGGAAUUUCGGUAAUCGAAAACGAUACUCAAUGUGAUUUUAAAUAAUAUAUAGAUAAACAUCCUUGCGUUCCUAUUGCAUAGAUCACAACGAAUCGAUAUUUCACAAAAACAAUUUAACGUGAAAUAUAAAUGUGUAAAAAUAUAAAUAUAUGAUAAAUAAAUACAAGCACAUUAGAAAAUUUCUCGAUCGCCAUUGGGUCGAAAAAAUUUCUUCUAUAUGCUCACUUUGCGCCACUCAAUAAUAUAGAUAUACACCUAUCUUCAUUAAAACAAAAUAGAUUCGUAAAGGUGUUAUUUACAUAUUACAAAAAGAACAAUUUAUGUCUUAAAAGAGACAGUCAAUCGAUGUGCUGUUUUGUGCAACUUGAACUUUCCCGAGCGUAAGCUCUGCUGACAAGUCGUCGUACACGUAAGCGCCGCUUGUAAAACCACGCACACGUAUAUGAAUAUGAUACUGUAUUUGAAAAAAAAGAAAUCUAUCGCGUGCGAUAACAAUUUUUCGAUAUAAAGAUGCGAGUCGAGAAUUUCAUAAAACAAAUACUGUACGAUCAAGAUUUAAAUUAACAAAUAGUAGUAUUAACAUUAAUACAAUUAAUUACUUAAUUAUUGUGAAAAGCAAACCAACAACCAAGCAAAAAAAUCAAUUGUAUAAAAUACCGAUGUACUCGCAAUCUAUGUUUAUAUACGUGAUUUAUAUUACCGGCGAGAAACUUAACGAGGAAGAAUUUCAAGGUUUCGCCAAGUUAAAGUGACGACGAGCAAUGAAUGUGUAGUGUGAUAAGUAGAAUUAUUUACAGACAGCGAGCGUUUUACUAAGGUCAAAAAAGGAGAAAGAAAUAAAGAAGAUGAAGUUAACGCAAACCAACAAGAGAGAAAAAAAAAACAUAGAUUGGUCGAAUUCUUUUUUUAUCUGUCCCAGCUUUCGUAAGAAAAAAGAGCGAGCUCGGUGUUAACAUAGCAAAAGAGAGAAUCUAUUCUGUGUCUGUGUGUGAAGCAGGACUCGACAUGGAGACACACCAUUAAUUAAGGUAAAAACGAAACAAUCCGCGCGGGCAAUGUCAACAAGAGAGAACUACUGUUCCGUCGUACUAUUACUCGGACGUUGGAAUUAUGUAUUGUAACAUCGCUCGUUUUGCGAUAUCUGUCAGAAACAUAAAUAUAAAUGUAAAACAAUUUAUAUAGCAGAAACAAAAUAAAUUUAACAAAAAAAAAACAAGUCAUAAGUCGUACUAUUUAUACACGAGAGAGAAGCGUUUUUACCGAGAAAACAAAACAAAUUACAGUUAAUAGUAAUAUUGUAAUACGGGAAAGAGAAGCGUAUCUACAAAAAAAAUAACAAAUAGGAGAGAAAAGUCAUUGAAACAAAAAAAAAAUUAAAUUAAAAAAUAAUAAAAAUAUUAACCAAAGGAUUCGGAAUAAAAAAAAGUCUUGCUCAUUACUGCUCUCUUUUUUCCAUCUCGUCGCGCUUUUUUCCUUUUAUUUAUUUCGUUGGUCUGGGGCGUGGGUGCACUUUUAUUUCCCCGCAAUAACGAGGGAUCUGUACGUAUAUGCGCGGUGCAGUUUCUCUUACUUGAAACUCCCCCCCCCCCUCAGAAAAAAAAAAAGAAAAAAGAACAGGAAGAAAACAUUGGAUAUGACAAAGAGGUCUUCGCGGCUAAUUCGCUCUGUUACAGCUAUGUAUAUGUAGAGUACGUACUGUCUGGCACUGAAAGUCAGCGAGAUUUUUGUCGAGCGUUGUAUUUGUAAUACCGUAAUACCAUUAAGUUUAUAUUACAAUAUACAGAUGUGCUUCUUCGAAUAUGGUGAGAGAGUUCGUUAUUUUCCUUACUUUGUCGUCGUCGUGGUCGUCGUUGUUGUCGUCGUUGCCGAGAGCGCGCAAUACAUUUGUGACAUUUUGCAAAGCUGAUAUAUUUAUUAUGAGUCGGGAGGAUUCGUGCGAAAAGAGGACGAUUGCUAUAAUUGUGGAAGAAUAAUUUUAUUUUUUCACUAUUAACAGUAUUUUCUAUUGCGAUAAAUAUGGCUUGAUAGUGUUUUUAAUUUGUAUGUAUUGAUUCGCCGUUGAGACGUUUGGCCAAAAAUAGCGAAUGGAGUGGCUUGUACGCAUUUUGUAUAAAUCCGAUAAGAGAACAAGAGAAUCUUUGUAAAUUUAUAAAGUUUGCGCGUGCGCGAACACUACGUGAUCGCAUCCGAAGUACAUUAAUUGGUAUUUUAAAUGGACGGCAAUUGAGAAAGUCACUUGUACUCGAUUUCAUUUUUUUAAUAAGUUUUUCUCGACUACUAAUAUUAAAGUUUGUGCGCGCGCAAAAAACAAUUUAAAAAAAAAACCGAAAAAUUUCCAUGUUACAUGCAAUGAAUAGACAUCACACUGCGGUGCGGUUGUUUUUUCGAAUAGAAUAUCUAAUUUUACGAAUUAAGGAUAACCUUCUGUGUGAGGAGAAAUAAACAUUUCGAAUAAGCGUGUUACAAUUAUAUCUAUAGGCACAUUAUGUAUAAAAAAAGUUACGCGCCAUAUUUCGACUUGAAUAGAACAUACUAAUAAUGAAAAUAACAAAUGGUAAAGCUGUGGAACAGAGAAUAAAGUAAUAAAAUUUAAGUGGCAUCAUUUUAGUUCUCUUAUCCGACUUGCGACAUAUACAAAAAGCGACGAUUCAUUUUGGCCGAUGACUCGAAAGUGAUAAGACAAAAGAAAUUCGAAAUGAAGAAUCCUUUCUGUCGUCGACGAUCUUUUUAUCGAGUCAAGUUGCGCGUGGACGAAAUCGAAAACAUUAUCAACCGAGCAAAAAAUCGAAAAAAAAAGGGAAAGUUACUUCGAACGCUUCAAAAGCACAUGAAAGCUUUUAUCUUGCAACAUAAUAUAAUAUAGACAAUGCGUCUCCCUUUCGUGCUCCAUGUGUGCAGGCACAUAUUAUGCUCGCAUACGUACGUAAUAGCACGCGUAUACAACUUGACUUUGGUCUAGAAAAAAAAGUUAUUAAUACGUUUCAAGGUGAAUAGCGCGCAUAAUAUAGCGUUGUAACGAGAGAGAAGACGCAAGUCUAUUGAAUUGAACGUGGCUCGAUAAAAACAUUGACGCAAGGCACUUUUUUCCAGUAAUUUAAAUUUAACAAACUAUAUAUAUAUAUAUAUAUAUACAUAUAUAUAUACGCACACUUACACACACACCAAGAAAAGGAGAGAAACAGGAAGAAAGCAAGCUUAUUUAAAAGACAUCGACGUUCACAAGUUUUACGUACAAUAAAUGUAUCAAUAUAAAUUUGGCCUUAAACACAAGAUCUGUUUCCUUUUAAUAUAAUAAUAAUAAUAAUUUUGAACUGAUAAAAAAAUGUUAUAAUUAAUAAAAAAACACACACAAUAAUUUAUGAACUAUUAUUGCCAUUUGCACGAUAUUUAAUUCGAAAAAAAUUGCAUUUUUAAAAUGACACUCAGAUUAUAUUUACAUUUGAGAGUUUUGUACUUCAUUCUGUUCAAGUUUCAUGCUUUUGAAGCUGAAGCUUAUAAACUACAUUUUUAUAUAGCGCCAACUUUAAAUUGUACUAGGAACAAUCGUUUACAGAAAUACUACCUUGUCGUUCGAUAAGAAUGAACAUUCUCCAAUGUAAACAUAGUCGAUCUUAAAAUAUCUCUCUAAAAAAAUAAUCAUUGCA